AUGGACAAUCGUCGAAAAGUGUCGACCCACGCGGCUGCUGCUGCCGCUGCUUCUGGAAACAACUGGACCACGUACCCGAAUUCCUCGCGACACGUUCACGCGAACGGUUUUCGAGAGGAGUGCGCCAACGAGCGCCGCGAAGUCAGACUUCCAGGAGGGAGAUCUUCCGAGGAAAGUGUCGUCGAGAUUGAUGAAACGGACGUUAAUAAGAAUAACGUACGAUUGAACAGCAUUCGCAGUUAUCCAGAUGAGUCGGUCUACGUAAAAGUCGUCCCGAAGCACAAUAACGCAGCUCUUCGCGAGAAGUAUCAACGAUUCAACGGUCAUCCGAGCUACAACGUUCCAGAGGCAGUAACGGCGAUGCGAAGAUUGGAAAAACUGAAAGAGCUGCAAAUGAAACGGGACAUGACCGAAAGAUACUACACUCAAGAGAUCAAACGAUUGAUCGGUGAAUAUUAUUUCGGCCCGAAAGUUGCUUCGCCCUCGUUCAGGCCCAAUGGAAGACUGCAAACUUCCAGUUUCCAACCGGAGGAUCGAGUAAAAAAGAAUCUAGAACCGUGCGGCACAAUGACGACAAUCACACGUCUGGAUUGUGGGUGUAUUCAAGAGACGACGAGGCCAAUUUUCACGACGGCAAAGGGCCGCGUUCAAAGGAGGAAUUGCAGCCAAUCUCAGGACGAGAUUUUUCUGAAGUUGGCUUCGACGAUUCCCCAGGAACACUUGCUUUCGUCGUUAGAGCAGCGCAAGGAUAAGUACCGCGCGAAGAUGAAGAAACGGCUCUCCUUGGAUCCGCGGAUGUGCCCGAAAAUCCCGCCCGCCGGUGAUCAAGGGUUCGAGACGGAGAACGAGAAGAGAAACGACACGGAGGAACGGGAAAUUUCCGAGCCUAUCUCGAGACCAACCUCUCCCUGUCGAAAAUUCAGCGAUACCUCGGCAACUUCCGUUUAA